AUGGUUGGGUUGGAAUGUGAUCUCAUGGGUCAGAUUCUUUUACCUCAAAUGAGGGGCAGAGGAUCGAAAGAUAACCUGAUUUUGAAGCCGGCCACGAAUUUAAAUCCGAUACAAUUAAUAAAAGAACCGCAGAAUUCAUACUUCAAGUUGGUCUUGCUUGCAAUCUUUUUCCUGGUGAGUGGCAUUGUGAUCGGGCUGUCAUCAAGCAGUCGCGUUAAUCAGCACGUACACUUUCAACCAGGCCGCGUUGAUGGAAAUGAUCAGACGUUAGCACCUGAGGUUAAUUACGCGAAGAAUGAUUGUCCAGUGGAGGAAUUGUGCGAGGAUGAGGACUGUUUGAGCAUCGAAAGCUUUGUUAGGCCGAAGAAUGUGAGCCAUCGGAUGUCGGAUGAAGAGCUGCAAUGGAGAGCUUCGUUGGUGCCAAUGCAGGGGGAGUAUCCUUAUUCUAGAAUACCCAAGGUGGCUUUUAUGUUCCUCACAAGAGGGCCUUUGCCCUUGUUGCCCUUGUGGGAGAGGUUUUUCGAAGGCCAGAGUACAAAAUUGUAUAGUAUUUACGUCCAUGCGCUUCCAGUUUUCGAGCUUAAUGUCACGAAUUCCUCUGUUUUCUAUGGUCGCAGAAUACCUAGUGAGAAAGUCGAGUGGGGAACCGCCUCCCUAACGGGAGCCGAACGACGUCUCCUCGCCAACGCACUCCUCGACUUCUCCAACGAGCGCUUCAUCCUCCUCUCCGAAAGCUGCAUCCCAGUCUACAACUUCCCCACAGUCUACCGAUACCUCAUCGGCUCCGAACAGAGUUUCGUCCAGUCCUUCGACGACCCCUCCCGCUACGGGCGAGGCCGUUACAGCUACCGAAUGCAACCCGAUAUUCAGCUCGAAGACUGGCGAAAAGGGUCACAAUGGUUCGAACUCAACCGAGACAUUGCCACCAAAGUUGUCUCGGACACAAAAUACUACAGUCUGUUCCAGAAGUAUUGUCUCCCUGCUUGUUACCCAGAUGAGCAUUAUUUGCCGACUUAUAUUCACAUGUUUUAUGGAACUUUAAAUUCGAAUCGAUCGGUGACAUAUGUGGAUUGGACGCUACGGGGGCCUCACCCUGCGACAUUUACGGGAGAUAAUAUUACGGAGAAUUUUAUACAUUAUAUAAGGAAUAGUGGGUUGCUUUGUGAAUAUAACGGGGAUUGGACUCCUAUUUGUUUUCUUUUUGCUAGAAAAUUUGCUCCUAGUGCUCUGGAGCCCUUGCUUAACCUCACUUCUACUGUGUUGGGAUUUCAUGAAUUUUGAAUCUCGUUGAGGUUGGCAAAUUAUCAUCGCAACUCUCGAUUACCGACAGAAUUUGUGAUUUGUCGACGGAAAUUGUUGUAGCAGCCUGCGAAAAUUCUUGUAGUGUAAGUGCCAAUAUGUUUCUAAAUAAUGUGAUAGAUUUAUAUGGUGAUGAAAGAAUCGGAGGCACAA